CUGCAUUUCAUGGCAUGUUUAUUCAGUGCAAGAAAUACAUAUCUUCUCAUUGGUGGAAGGCAGACGGAACGAAGACGGAAACAUCACUGAAGAUAUAACAAACUAAAAAGAGCAACACAGAAGCUCCCUUUUUGUCUGAAAUUUACAGCAAUGGGCACCAAUCUGUCUGCUCUAAAAGAGCAUGGCUACACAUUAGUGAGUGAAGAAAAGAAUAAGAUCCUGGUAAAAAAUGAAGGUGGCGACCAGUUUGUCAUUAAAAAGUUGAGUGCUAACCAGGAUGAAUUACUAUUUCUCCUCCACCUCAGUCAUCCACACAUCAUCCGUCAUGAGGAAUUCGUCAAAGAUUCUGACUGUUUGUAUCUUGUAAUGGAGCACUGCGAAGGUGGAGAUCUUGCUCAGAAAAUCAGCAACAAAAAGGAGGGAACCGUUAAAUUUUCUGAGAAUGAGAUUCUGGAAUGGAUUGUGAAUACCUGCAUGGCUUUGAAACACCUGCAUGAUCAACAGCUUCUGCAUAAAAACCUGCAGCCUGAGAGCAUAUUAUUCACCACAUUCGGAACCAUCCGUCUUGGCGAGUUUGAAGUGAUUCGUCAACGGUCCACAGAAGAGCAAACAGCAGAAAAUAAACCCUCAUAUGUUCCACCAGAGAUUCUGAAGGGCGAACCUUAUGAAGAGAAAACUGAAAUAUGGAGGUUGGGAUGUGUCCUCUACGAGCUGUGCAUGCUAAAGAGUCCGUUUCCUGGAAUACUUUCAGUUGAGAAUGUCCAAAAGAUACUCACAUCCUCCUAUGAAGCUCUUCCUCUGACCUUCUCCGAGGAACUUCGUCAGCUGGUAAACGACACACUUCAGGCCAAUCCAGCGAGCCGUCCGUCUGUCAACGAGAUCUUGACCAGACCUUUUAUCAUUGAUCAUCUUUGUGAAAAGAACAAGCUAACUAUUAAGAACCUUUAUAGGACACUAGAGGAACUGAGAACCCUGGCUGAUGGUUUGGAAAGAGUCCAUUUCAACACAACUGUAGGUAGUCUCACAGGAGGUGUAGUGGGAUUGGCUGGAGGAAUCACAUCUGUGGUGGGACUUAUUCUCUCACCGUUCACUUUCGGAGCAUCUCUGAUAGUAACAGGAGUGGGAAUCGGCACGGCGGUAGCUGGAGGAAUAACAGCUGGUGCCAGCAACAUAACAAACAUGGUUAACCAACGCACAAACCGGCAAAAGAUCAAAAUGCUCAUAAAAGAGUUCCAAGAAAAAAUUACCUCCACAGUUUGCUCCAUUCAAAACAUCCAAAUAGCCGUGGAAACUUUAGAUAGACAGUUUUCCACAGACGAUGGUGCGUUUUCUAACGCACAAUCUGGGGCAAAGGCUGGAGCUCGACUUGGACGAGGACUGGGAGGAAUUCCGGAGAUGCUCCGUCUAAUUGAAGUUGUAAAUUUUGGAAAGAUUGCAGCUCAGGCUGCAAGAGCCAUUCGUGUGGCUGAAGCAGCUACAGGAAUUUUGUCUGCACUUUUUGUAGCUGUUGAUAUUUUCUUUGUGUUUCUGGACUCGAGAGAAAUCCACAACAUCCGCCAAGAUUAUGCUUUAAGAGCGAGUCGACGAGAAUCAGGAUCCACCAGCAACCAAAGCAGCGAGUUGUCUGACCAGACAUCAAUUAACAGUGACACAACAGAUCUACUGCCUUCAGAUACUCAACAAGCAGAACAGCUGAAGUCCGAGACCAUGAAAUUCGUGACGAAAAUAAAGGAGACGACAGAGGAGCUUCAGGAGAUUCUAGAUACACUGCAAGACGCAAUUCACCCAGUGUCUGAGAUGCCUGAUAACUAGAAAUUGCUCAGUAAGCUCAGUGUGUUCUUAAUUCAUAUAUUUAUUAGUCUUAGUAAAGGUUAGGCAUCAGUUUAUUCUGGGUUUCCAUGAUAAAAUAUCAAAUCAGUAUUGCUAAUCUCAAUAAUGAUCAAAGAAAAUGUUGAGAAGCAAUAAAGGAAGCAUUGUAGCUUGCUGUACUCUCAAUUAAUCACAUUAAGAAUUGGACUUCUUGCCUUUAUUUCCUUAUAUAUUUUGGAAAUAGAAAGCAUAAGCAUCUUUUCCUGUUUUUCUGUAUGCGAGUGGCUGCUUAAUGUAAUUUUCUUUCCCUUGUACUUAAAUAAAUGUAUCGCUACAAAGCAAA